AUGGAUCACAGAAACAAGACCAGAGUCAUGGAGUUUAUUCUUCUGGGGUUUCAGAAUGAAAAGGAAGUAGAAAUUCUUCUUUUUUAUGCAUUCUUGCUCAUGUACAUGACGUCUCUGAUUGGCAACACCAUGAUCGUCCUUUUGGUGUGUGGUGACUACCAUCUGCAUUCACUCAUGUAUUUCUUUGUAGCCAAUCUUUCCUUCCUUGAAGUUGCCAUGACCUCCACAGUGGUGCCUAAGAUGCUGGCAAACAUAUUUUCCCUCACCAAGGCAAUAUCCUUCAUAGGAUGUCUCACACAGUCUUUCUUCUACUUCUUCUUGGGAUCCACGGAAUCCUUCAUCCUGGUCGUCAUGUCAUUUGAUCGAUACAUUGCCAUCUGCAACCCAUUGAGGUAUGCCAUCAUCAUGAACAAACAGACAUGCAUAUUGUUGCUUCUGGGAUCCUAUUUAGGUGCAUUUUUGUCAAUUUUAGCACCAUCAAUCUUAACUGCUCCUCUGCCCUUUUGUGGACCAAAUAUUAUCAAUCACUUCUUUUGUGACAGUGGCCCUGUGCUAAAGCUGGUCUGUGCAGAUAUCGCUCUGGCUGAGCUGGCUGACUUUAUCUCCUCUGCUGUGUUGCUCUUGGGCUCCUUGCUCUUCACAGGAGUGUCUUACAUGUACAUUAUUAUUGCUAUCCUUAGAAUUCCUUCUGUCCAGUGA